AUUGUUUUUGUUUGGCUGUAGGCUGAUUGCGCCGUGUUGAUUGUUGCCGCUGGUACGGGAGAGUUCGAGGCCGGAAUCUCGAAGAACGGCCAGACCCGUGAGCACGCCCUGCUCGCCUUCACACUGGGAGUCAAGCAGCUCAUCGUCGGAGUCAACAAGAUGGACUCCACCGAACCACCCUACAGCGAGAACCGUUUCGAGGAAAUCAAGAAGGAAGUGUCGAGCUACAUCAAGAAGAUCGGUUACAACCCAGCGACUGUGGCGUUUGUGCCGAUCUCUGGCUGGCACGGAGACAACAUGUUGGAGACCUCCGACAAGAUGCCCUGGUUCAAGGGAUGGAACAUUGAGCGCAAGGAAGGCAAGGCUGAGGGCAAGUGCCUGAUUGAGGCCCUUGACGCCAUCCUCCCGCCCAGCCGACCCACUGAGAAGCCCCUCAGGCUCCCACUCCAGGACGUGUACAAAAUUGGAGGUAUCGGAACGGUGCCCGUUGGUCGUGUGGAGACUGGUGUGCUGAAGACCGGUAUGGUGGUGACAUUCGCCCCCGCCAACCUGACCACUGAAGUGAAGUCGGUGGAGAUGCACCACGAGGCCCUCGUGGAGGCCGUGCCCGGUGACAACGUGGGCUUCAACGUGAAGAACGUCUCCGUCAAGGAGUUGCGUCGUGGCUACGUGGCUGGCGACUCCAAGUCAAACCCGCCCAAGGCUGCCGCUGAUUUCACCGCACAGGUUAUCGUGCUGAACCACCCAGGUCAGAUCGCUGCCGGCUACACGCCUGUGCUGGAUUGCCACACAGCCCACAUUGCGUGCAAGUUCGCCGAAAUCAAGGAGAAGUGCGACCGUCGUUCGGGCAAGACGACCGAGGAGAACCCCAAGUCGAUCAAGUCUGGUGACGCGGCCAUCAUCACUCUGGUGCCCAGCAAGCCCAUGUGCGUCGAGUCCUUCCAGGAGUUCCCUCCGCUCGGACGUUUCGCCGUGCGUGACAUGAGGCAGACUGUCGCUGUCGGUGUUAUCAAGAGCGUGACACAGAAGGACCUCUCGUCUGGUAAAGUGACGAAGGCCGCCGAGAAGGCCCAAAAGAAGAAAUAACUAGCUGUGAGAAGCUCGCAAUGCUUCCCUGCACGCUGCCUUCUCAAUGUUCCCGAGCAACCUUCGUUUCACCGUAAAGAGUUCAGAAGGAAAGGCUAGCCCACUCUUUAUUUCUAUUAUUUAACACAUUGGAAAUCCAACCCCCACCUAUCAGCCAUUCAACUCACCUCCCUCAGCGGUGGUGUGCAGUGCACUCAGCAGAUUUUAUUAUUAUCAACUUUGAAAGUAUCGCAUGUAUCGUCGUGUUUUACAUAACGCACGGGUUAUGUAUGUAUAGAGACUGUAUCUUAUGUAGUCGGGGAGACUGAAAUAAUAUUUUUUCUUUUGUUUCGUUUAGGUUUUUUUCUAUUAUUAACAUUGCAGAGAGAUAUCUUACCCUCUUUUUAUUCGAUUGGAUGAUUACAGUUUUAUAUAAAGAUGACCCCUGCAUAUGUUAUUCAUGUAAUUUUAGUCGUCGCAAUUAAGUUGUGUAAUAAUUACUACUACUAUUAUUAAUAUUAUUGUAUAACUUUAUAAAAGAGAAAGGCGGCUGUUGUAGGAUUGCUUUUUUACGUUGUUAAUGUGAUGAAAUAAUAAAUUAAAGAGCAAAAACACACGAGA